AUUGAACUUAUGAAACAAUUGGUACUCAACGGCACUGAUUUACAUCCCGGCGCCAACUUUGUGGAGGACAAGACAUCCGGACUUAAGACAUUUUUAAAAUAUGGUAAUCGAAAGGCAGUUGCGGGUAAACUGAAGAACGGGGAUGUCGUGGAAAGGCAUUUGUGUAACGGAGACAUUGUCUUAUUUAAUAGACAGCCAUCGCUGCAUAAACUGAGUAUAAUGUGCCAUAAAGCGAAAGUGCAUAAACACCGGACUCUUCAGUUCAAUGAAUGUGUUUGUACGCCAUAUAACGCCGACUUCGAUGGCGACGAAAUGAAUUUGCAUUUAUUGCAAACAGAAGAGGCAAAGGCCGAGGCGUCUGUUCUCAUGGGCACGAAGAACAACAUUCUGACCCCAAGAAAUGGCGAGCCAUUGAUUGCCGCCAUUCAGGACUUCAUAACCGGUGCUUACCUUCUGACUCAAAAAGAU